UUGAAAAAGAAAAAGAAUAUUAUCAUCUGGAUAUUCUGGCACAGUUCUCCACGCCACACUUUUUGGCAUGUUUUUGUCUGUUUUCUCCAAGAUCUCAUCCGAAGUUAUGGGGGUAGAGAGAUGAAGAGGACAUAUCUCACUCACUUCUUCUGAAGAGAGAUCUCUUGCUCUUCCCUCUUUUGUAAAGUGACUUCUCUAUCCACAAGUGCUGCUAAGACUUUGCUUUAACAUAUUUAAGCGAGUAUUACUGCUGCAGACAAUCACAAAAGCAGUAAUCAUGUUGCCAAAGUUCGAUCCAAGAAACUCAGAAGCGUGUCUAUCCAUUCUCGAGGAUGUGACAACAAACGCAAAGCAGGUUCAAGAUUCCGUGUUGGAAGCAAUACUUUCACGCAAUGCCCAGACCGAGUACCUUAGAGGUUUCCUCAACGGUCAGCUCGAUAAGCAAAGCUUCAAGAACAACCUACCCGUUGUGACUUAUGAAGACUACAGCUCUUAUAUUGAUCGUAUAGCUAAUGGAGAGUCCUCUGAUCUCAUCUGUGAUCGUCCCAUCAUUGUUCUCUUGGUCAGCUCAGGGACUUCAGGAGGAGUUCCAAAGUUGAUACCUAUGACAGCAGAGGAGCUCGAACAGAGGAUGUUGUUUUCAUCUCUACAGAGACCUCUAAUCUCCAAGCAAAUCGAAGGGCUUAGUCAAGGAAAAUCUCUCAGCUUUUUCUUUGUGACCAGAGAAGGCAAGACAGCCUCUGGUUUGAUGGUUAGGACUAUGAUCACUUGUGUCUUGAAAAUGGUGGGCUCAGCCAACAAAGAUAUGUGGGAUCAAGUACAGAUAAGCCCACAUAGCCUUUAUACUUGUGAAGACACUACCCAAAGCAUGUACUGCCAAUUGCUUUGUGGACUUCUACAAAGAGAUAAUGUAUCUCGCCUUGGUGCACCAUUUGCUUCUUCCUUCCUCAAAGUAAUCAAGUUCUUGGAAGAUCACUGGAAUGAGUUAUGCUCCAAUAUAAAAACAGGUCGUGUCAGCGAUUGGAUCACAGACCCUCAAUGCCUUUCAGGGGUUGGUAAGUUCCUCUCAGUUCCACAUCCAGAACUAGCGAGCCUUAUCGAGCAAGAAUGCGGUAAAACAUCAUGGGAGGCAAUAGUGAGGAGACUAUGGCCUAAUGCAAAAUGCAUUGAAGCUAUUGUUACCGGCUCCAUGGCACAGUAUAUACCGAUGAUGGACUUCUAUUGCGGCGGUCUUCCUUUAGUUUCAACGUUUUACGCUAGCUCUGAAUGUUUCUUAGGUCUCAAUUUAAAUCUUCUGAGCAAGCCUAGUGAUGUGGCCUACACCAUUAUUCCAAGUAUGGCAUACUUUGAGUUCAUAGAGGUCGAGAAAGACAGUCAAGAAACUAGUCAUGAUCCCAUAAAGAACGUUGUCGAUCUUGUCGAUGUCAAAGUUGGACAUGACUAUGAACCUGUUAUAACAUCGUUUUCAGGUCUGUAUAGAUACCGUCUGGGGGAUGUUUUACGAGUGACUGGCUUCUACAACAACGCACCAGAGUUUCAAGUCGUGGGAAGAAAAAAAGUUGUUCUUAGCAUCGACAUGGACAAGACCUACGAAGAAGAUCUCCUCAAGGCCGUGACAAACGCUAAGCUCCUGCUCGAACCACAUGACAUAAUGCUCACUGACUUCACUAGCCGUGUGGACUCCUCCUCGUUUCCAGGACACUACGUGCUCUACUGGGAACUCGGGAGCAAAGUCAAAGACGCAAAGCUCGAGCCUGAUCCCGAGGUUAUGGAGGAGUGCUGCUUCACCGUCGAGGAGUCUCUCGACUCUAUUUAUAGAAAAGGACGUAAGAAUGAUAAGAACAUUGGACCGCUUGAGAUCAAGGUUGUCAAGAGAGGCGCGUUUGAUGAGCUGAUGAACUUCUUUGUGUCUCGAGGCUCUUCUGUGAGUCAGUACAAGACGCCGAGAUCGGUGAUGAAUGAAGAUGCGGUGAAGAUAUUAGAGGAGAGUGUAGUUUCCAAGUUUGUUAGCAGGAAGACUCCGUCUUGGGAGCUGCAUGAGCUGCAUUCCAGUCGAUAAGACCGCUGUUACAAUUUGCAUAAUAAUAAAUAAAAAGAAGAAAACUGAGCUUUGUAACAAAUAUGUAUUCGAAUACAAUAAGUCCAUCACAUGCAUGAUUAAUUUUUGAGAACGCA